CUGUUCCAUUCCUAUAUCCCUUCCUCUAUUCAUUUACAAAUUUCAAUUUAAUAUAAUCUAAUCCCCAAUCCAAUCAGAAUAUUUCUCAUGGCUGAAGAAGAGUUCCAAGAGUCCGAGGUUGUGUUCUCCGACCACAACAGCAACCAUUACGGCACACAUGACGAGGAUGCUGCUGUUAACGAUGAUGAGUACUUCGAUUACCGAGGAUUCUCCAAAAACAGCCGCGUUUCACGUAACUACAAAUCCAAGAAAAACAACAGCACCACGAAGAAGAACAACAACAAGAUGGCCGCCAGUUCGCUGCCUGUAAACAUUCCACGUCAACACGGCGCUACUGUUUUCCAUUGCGACGGCGAAGCCGAUGAAUAUGACGACGGCGGAAUGGUGCCUCCCCAUGUUAUUUUAGGAAGGAGAAUUGCGGGGAAAAUGGCGUUUUCUGUUUGUACUGGCAAUGGAAGGACACUUAAAGGAAGGGAUUUGAGUCAAGUGCGAAAUUCAGUUCUUAGAAUGACAGGAUUCUUGGAAGCCUAACACUCAACCCCAUACCCAAAUCUUUUCAUUUUCUUUUCUUAUUUUAUUCCUUUUAGUAUCCAUUUCAGAAAUGAAAUUCACAAAAAAAAAAUCCUUGUGUUGUAAUCUAGGGACUUCCAUGCUUUUCUUUCUUAAUAAUUCAUUGUUACAGGAAAAAAGAACAAAAAAGAAAAUGGAAAUAACAUAUUUCGAUGAGGUUCAAGGAUUCA